CUUCCAGUUUUGGAUGCAGACACGUUUCAAUCGGACACCAACACCGUGCUUGCCACGACGAUCAAUGACGCAUCCGGAAUUCAAAUCCAUCAAUGAAUUUGAUUAUCGCAAAGCAUAAAUAUAGCCAAAUGAUUGGAUUUUAGUUAUAAACAAGCAAUCAUGGCAGUACGAAUACCGUUACACACCAGCCCUAUACUCAAUGCCCCCCUCCAAGCUCGAAACUGUAUUCACUUAUCUUGAUUCUAUGAUUUCACCAGCUUGGUUGUCUACACUGCUUUUGGUCGUCUUCCUCUCUCAAAGCGCUUUUCCACGCAUCAGCAUCCCACCAUUAAAGCCAAGUACUGCCGUCCAGCAUCUCGCAACUAGCAUCAAUGAAGCAACGUCUUUCUUCAACGCCCACACCAGGGAGCUGGGAACAUUUAACAUCAAACUUCUAUUACUGGGGCGGAAGUCACAAGCCCUGUCUCGAGAGUUGUGUGAGGCAAAUAAGGCGUUGUUGUGGUUCGACAGGAGCACCUGGUUGAGAUAUAUCUUCAGAAUGAAAAAGAUCUGGAAUGAUACACGCGACCAUCAACGUAAAGUUGACGCGUUGCGGAAGUGUAUGCAGAACACAAUUUUUACCAUAGAAGAGGAGAGGUUGCGUGUGGAGGCUGAGAUUGCCCAAAUCAGGGAAAGCGCAGCCGGGGUAUAAUAUAUCUGCGCAGAGUCGCAUAAGAGGUUGCUCAAGAAUGACAAUGACCUUUGUCUUCCCGCUACAUAGAUAUACCCUUGCAAUAGUCAUCGUCUUGCUCUCCUGUUGUUGUCCUGUAUUAUUCAUCGCAACAUGCAUAACGUCUCAGGCCCAGGGUUUAAGACGCAUACGGUUUGCCAUAGUAUUGUACUCUCUAUCGUUCUGACCUCGAGUUGGUAGAGUCGCUCACGAGCUCAUCACCUUUCAAGAAUGUCAAACUUGCCAUAUGUUCGCAGCGGCUCUUGGCGUAUGUCCUUACAGAGUAGUACCUCGUCGAUAGACAGUGAUAUGGG